GUGUUAUUGAUUGAUUGAUUGGUUCCUUUGAUUGAUUGAUUGAUUGAUUGAUUGAUUGAUUGAUUGAUUGAUUGACUGAUUGGGAGAGUGGCUAUGGCGGUUAGUCAAGCGUGUUCCACGUGUCGAUGGCAGCAAUGCCUGCGUGAAGGCACACAAGAUUGCUCUGGCGCGGUUUCUACUUCCUCUCCGCAUUGGGCACCGACGGUGAUAGGACGAGGGGCAGGAGGUGGAGGAGGGGGAGGAGGAGGAGGAGGAGGAGGAGGAGGAGGGAUGAUAGGAAGACCAGGCAGAGUAGUCGUAGUAGGCGGAGCGGCAGGGAGCGCGGUACCAUGGGAUGUGGCCACGUCGGAGUCGCACCGCUGUCGCACAAUUCCUAGCGCCUCCGUUUGUCUGUCUGAAGGGAGGUGCCACUCAACCUCGGAGUUCUUUUGUCCGUCGCACAGAGUCACCCGCCAAACUGCUUCUGACAAUUUUGUCAGAGGACCUGUCAGACCGACAGGAUGCUGCUCCGCGAGCAGCAGGAGUGCCAAGCGUGGAGGACGAUGCUUGUCUAAUAUGAGGCAGCUACGCUCAUGCAGGCGAUUACGCACAGAGAGAGAGGAAGAGAUCUGCACUCGACUCUCUUGUGCUUCAUCAUUGAACCUCGACUGCUCGAUCUGUCAAUCUGCUGAUGGCUUCUCAAGUGGCAAUGGAAAGACGAGGGCACUACGGAAGUCAACACUCACCAGCUCGCCCAGGAGAUCGGGAGGAGGAGGCAGUUUAUCUUCCUCAGAGUGGGAGAAUUAUCGUUGGCAGUGUCGACAGCAACAGUGGCAAUUUAUUGUUGGGGAAAGGCACCCGAUGCUUUUGAGCGCCGCAGAUCAGAUUUUCAGUGCCGGAGGGAAGCGUUUGAGACCAGUGCUUGUCUUUCUCGUUUCCAGAGCGACAGCCGAGCUCGGAGGAUUGGACAACUUGUUACCUCAACAUCGCCGCUUGGCGGAGAUCACCGAGAUGAUCCACACAGCUAGUCUUGUGCAUGACGACGUGCUCGACGACAGUGAUGUCAGAAGAGGUGCAAAGACGGUCCAUAACCUGUAUGGCACUCGAGUUGCGGUUUUAGUGGGCGACUUCCUGUUUGCUCAGUCGUCAUGGUACCUGGCCAAUCUAAACAAUCUGGAGGUGAUCAAGCUGAUAAGUCAGGUUAUCGCUGACUUUGCGAAUGGAGAGAUCCAACAAGCUGCAAGUCUUUUUGACUGUGACUUGACAUUAGAUGGCUACAUGGAGAAGAGCUAUUUCAAGACAGCAUCUUUGAUGGCAGCAAGCUCAAAGAGCGGUGCGAUCUUCAGUGGCGUGAGUGAGUACGUACGCUCACAGAUGUUUGAUUAUGGAAAACACUUGGGGCUCGCAUUUCAAGUCGUUGACGACAUUCUGGACUUCACGCAGUCCACCGAACAACUCGGGAAACCGGCCGGGAGCGAUCUCGCCAGCGGCAAUCUGACGGCCCCGGCCUUGUUCGCCUUGCAAAGGGAGCCCAAGCUCCGAAAGCUCAUCGAAGCAGAGCUUACUGACAACGACUCGAUACAGAGGGCAAUCGAACUUGUGAUUAGCGGAGGGGGUAUCGACGAUGCCCGGAAAUUGGCGGAGGCCGAGGGCGAAAAGGCGCGGAACUGUCUGCAAUGUCUUCCACAGAGCCGUGUUCGGCAAUCGCUAGAAGGUUUGAUAGACUACGUCUUGGAGCGACUCUACUGAAAAAAAAGCAUAAUCUGCAGAUCAUCUCAGAACUGAGCAUCUUCAUUCUCAUUGUUGCGGUUUCCGCAUCCUUUGCUCUCUGUCUAAGUUCCCAGCUCUAUGAUAGAGGUACCCCCCCCUCUACCCUACGCAUGCGUCAAGUCACCCAAGCGCCCAAACAUAUCGGGGAUAGCCUCACCUGACCUGACGUCCGACAGCUGUCCGCCCGCCCACCCAUUCACCUCUCAUUGUUUACUUUGUCAGAUCCCUUUUUUUUUUCUUUUUCUUUUUUUUUUUUACUUUCUUGUAACUUAUUCCUCUCCACUACGUAUCUCUCCCUUCGGCCUCGCAACGAACCCUCCCUCGCCUAUCUCCUUUAUCUUUUUUCACCUUCCGUUACCUGCCACUAGUCCUAAGGCUUCCUGCAAUGAAGGGUACCAGCAAGCAUAGCAUACCCCCCUGCAAGCAAGCAUAGAACCCCUCUUAUACAAAAAAGUGGACCCCUUAAAUAUUCGAAACUAUCGACCCUAUCCGAGAACCCCUGCAAGCAUAGCUACCUUGCAAUGAAGGGUAUCUCCUUGAGCGAACCGACUUCCUUUUUCUUUUCUUUUUUUUUACCCCUUACGCUCUUCCGUUGGAAUUCUGCUUUCUGCACGUCUAUCUGUCUUCCUGUUUGCCUUUCUUCUCUCAAUUCUUUCUUCUCUGUCACGGUGUACACUGUGGUCAUUGCCCAUUAGAAAGCUUCCUUGUUGAGUGUCUACAGAUCGUCAGAUUUUCAUACAUCGACGGAUUCACUGUGGAACUGUGUGAAUGGGAUUGGGACGAAGAUUGGAACCAAGUGGAGCACAGAUGGGACCGGUUUCCUGCGUCUGACUGAUGAAUGGGUCAGUGUCUGUCCCAGUGUGAAACUACCUCCUCCAGAGAAUAGCUGGAGCUGGAGGCACCUGCAAGGCUGGAAGAACCAGCGAGGGUCGGCAAGGACCAGCAAAGAGGCAGAGGCGGAGGCAGAGGCCUCGGAACGCCAGUUGUGUGCAAUUUCCCAAUUUCCCAGAAAAGCUUCUGUUAAUGGCAUACUGCUGUUUGCUCCAAGCGAAUGUUGUGGGUGGGUGGUUGGGGGUUCCUAAUCGACAGUCUUUGUAAUUACUUCUGUACAUCUGUAGUCGUGGCGUCGACUGCUAAUUGCCCAUGCCGCUAUCGCACAAGCACUCCACAGCCUCGAGAGAGUGAGUCGCAUUGCUGUCAUCCCUACUUCACUUACAAUAACCAGGUGUUCAAACUUCAAACACGUGUCAUAAUACCGUUGCGACACACGAAGUACCCUCACUUCUAUAAGCUACAUUUGUUCUUCUUGUGAGCAGAAAUGGAGGUCGUGGAGAAGCAAGCAAUCGCCUUGGGAUGAUGAGACAGGGUGCAUGGAUGCAGAGAGAGAGAGAGAGCGAGAGCGCGUGCGCACAAGAGAGAGAGAGAGAGAGAGAGAGAGAGAGAGAGAGAGGGAGGGAGGGAGGGAGGGAGGAAGGGAGGAGGUUGACACAUGCAUCACUCGGUGACACGAAAGAGGCUGAGCAGCAGAAAAAAUGGCAGCAAAGGCAGCUCCAGAGGCUCUUGCAUACGCCAUGCAGGGCCUGUGGAUUGCAUGUCAUGCAUCAGAAGCAGUAGCAGUCCAGUUCUGAAGGAGCUGAUGGACAUACAAACUGGAGGCUUAGGACUUGAGUGGCGUUAAGAUCACGUGCCCAAGGCAGCUUGUUCGAUGAAACCCCACAGAAGGGUUACUCUGGGGUCUUGUAAGUUGAUUGAGCCUAUUGGAGAGAUUGAGCCUACUGGAGAGGGGGAGGGAGGGGGAGGGAGGAUCUGGAAACAAGGGGUAAGGAAGUGGUAUGUGGAGUUAGGAGGGAGGGGAGAUGAGAGAGGGGAGAGUAAGGAGCACGAAGGAAAGGGGGGGAAUUGGAAGUAGAUGAAGAGGAGGAGGAGGAGGAGGAGGAGAGGCAUUUUAGGGGGCAAC